AUGAGUGUAACAAACAGCGACCCAGGUAAUGGCCAGGUUUUAGCAGAUAAUCCAUCUGACCCAGAAAAGAUAAUCUCUAAGGUUAUCAAUUAUGUUUAUUCCCGUUUGAAGUUAGAUAAAAAUAUAGAUGAAUGGACUAAUGAACUGCAAGCGAGAGCCUUUGAAGAACGUUGUGAUAAGAAAAAUUCCCAAUAUUCAGAAAAGGAUCAGAGCUCCUCCAGCAUAAUUAAGUUUUUAAAUAGUACAGUAUCCAAGUUUUCCAAGAAAGGUUCGUCUCAGAUAGCCAAUCACUUAGAACUGUAUGAAUCCACUAUGGAUUCUUUAAAAUUAUACUCUGAUGCUGACCGGAUUAGGUUCCUUCCAUGGGCAUUUGAUGAUAGAUAUCGUCAUUACUUUACAUCCUUUAAGGAGAGAGGAGUACAAGAUUGGCCAAGUGUUUUGCAUGAGGUUAAAUUGGAAUUCGGACCAUACCGAACCACUACUGCUGCAAAACGGGACAUAUAUAGCCUUACGUGUAGACCCAAUCAGAGUCCCCGUGAAUUCCUCUCUGUCCUCAAAAAUGCCUAUGGGUUGGCAUAUAGAUCCCCAAAUUGGGAAUCUGAAGAAUUCAAGCAGUUAUUCUAUGAUGCUAUGCCAACCCAGAUCAAACUUAACUUAGCCAGAGAUCUGGAUAUUGAUGCUCCCUUGGAUAGGUUGGUGACGGCUGCCACCACGCUGUAUAAUAUCAGUGAGUGCCAUACAACAGGUGAGAGAAGGUUUAAAAAUUCCCCAGAGCAAAAGGUAGCUGAAGCUAAGGUAAACCCUAACUUGGGAUUUGAAAGCCAGCCACGAAGGUUCCCUCAGUCUACAGGACCUUCUCAACAAGCCCAGCAACAACAGGUAGGACCGCCCAAACAGACCAAACCCCAAAAUAAUAAUGGAUCAGAGGGGAAUAAUUCAGGUAAUGGGAAGUCUAACUACCGUCCCUAUUACAAUAACGUUCCCCAGGGAUAUAGGCCCUAUAACAAUCGAGUUUAUCAGGGUUAUAGACGUUGGGAUAAUAGGCCCAGACAACAGAGGGAAGAUAGGCAGGAAUCCUUGAAUUCACCCAGGAGUAGGUCACCUACCAAUAACCAGGGUGCCCAACAAAGCCAAAAUGUGCCCAAACCAAUCUUAUCGUUUAUUGGAAGAAGGCGUAUGAUGUCAUCAAAGAUGAUUGUCAUUAUCUACGUCAUCCUGAUCUUGGGGAAGGAGUUCCAUGCUAAGCCGAUUGCUAUGCCAAGUCCUUCAUCCGGAAUCAUGCUACAGGACACCGCGGGGUUCAUAUUGACGAACAAGAGGAUUCUAUCCCAGAAGAUCGACAUCAGCCUGGAUCCUCGUGUCUUCGUUGGAAAACAACUCAACGUGUCUGAGAUCCUGUCGCCAGAGCUCCAAUCCUGGUAUCAGAUGCAUAUCGGAUAUUUCCAAGAACGGAUUACGCAGAUCCUGGAGCAAGCAAGGAAGACCUUGACCAGAGAAGAGUUUUCUACAGACCAAAGCGAUUCAUGUUUUUGCAAUCGUAGCCGCCAUAGUCUUUGGCGUAGUGGGCGCUGUUAUUGCCACAAGUGUAACAGUCGCCAACUCCAUCUCCAUCAAGACAUUGGAACUUGA